GGACAGUUAAAGAAAGUAUAUCUGACAGUUCUGUCAAUUCAGCUUAACUCAAUUAAUUUCAGUCAGUUCCAUAAAAUGUAUUUAUAUUUGAGGGACGACUAUCAUCAGGCAUAAAAUUACUGGAAGCCAAAAGAAACAGAAAUGACCUUUCAUCAAAGCAAUGGCACCCUCUGGUGGUGAAAGUGAUUAUUGCAGACCACAACGACACGGAACUUCCUGUUCACAGAAGACGUUUCCUUCUAUUUCCUACUGUAACACAUGGCCACUCUUCUUUAGGCACCCUUUAAUAACCACGAUGGAGUGAUACAGUAAUGCUACUUUUGCUUGACCGUUGCUUGGUGGCUUACAUGGUGAACAGCGGGCCUGUGUAUUUUUGACUCGUACUUCCUGGACUGGAAGGAGAAUGAGAUGAAAAGACGCACUGAAAUACAAACAUCUCGAAUUUAAGCUUGUGACACCACAGCUGCAGGAAAUGAUAUCGAACUGACAGAGUGGACGUUUCCUGUGGUUUCCUCCCAGAAUGCAAUUCCUCCACCUGUUUCACUUUCACUCUUGAAUUACUUUAUACAUGCUCGGCUAAUACUGCUUGCUGAAGAAGACACGGUGAGAGGAUUUCCUGGCCGUCACCAUGUUAGCAGCACCUCUCCUGCUGCUGCUGUUCGUUCCCUUUCCUCCCUCCUCAGGAGCACAGCUACCCCAUGCCCCCAUGGCCACCAACGGCCAGCCAUUCCCCUGGGACCGCAUGAGGCUUCCUAAAACCAUCUACCCCUUCCACUAUGACCUGAGCAUCCACCCCAACCUGACCACCCUCGACUUCACAGGAGUUGUUCGCAUCCAGCUGGAUGUGCACGAGGACACCAGCACCAUCGUUCUCCACGCCAAGCAGAUGCAGAUAUCCAAUGUGUGGCUCCUUGCACCUGAAGGCGCGAGGCCUCUCCAGGUGUUGGAGUGUCCUCACAUCCAUCAGCUCGCCCUGCUGUCGGACUCGGUGCUGAGCAAAGGUAGGAGGUAUGAAGUUCAGCUGGAGUUUGCUGCCAACUUUUCUGACAGCUUCCAUGGUUUCUACAAGAGCAGCUACCGCACCAGCAGUGGGGAAGUCCGGGUUGUGGCAUCCACGCAAUUUGAAGCCACCUUUGCUCGUGCAGCCUUCCCCUGUUUUGAUGAGCCUGCCUUCAAAGCCAACUUCACCAUACGGAUAGUACGAGAGCCCCGCCACAUAGCCAUAUCCAACAUGCCCAAGGUAAAGACUGUGGAGUUGCCGGGCGGUUUGCUCGAGGAUCACUUCGACACCACUGUAAAAAUGAGUACUUACCUGGUGGCCUACAUUGUGUCUGACUUCCUGUCUGUGAGCAAGACCACCAAGCAUGGUGUCAAGAUCUCUGUCUACGCUGUACCUGAGAAGAUUGACCAGACGGCCUUUGCGCUGGAUGCUGCUGUGAAGCUGUUGGACUUCUACGACGACUAUUUUGAUAUCCCUUACCCACUUCCCAAACAGGACCUGGCUGCUAUCCCUGACUUCCAGUCAGGUGCGAUGGAGAACUGGGGGCUGACCACCUACAGAGAGAUGGGCCUCCUCUUUGACCCUGACAAGUCCUCCGCUUCAGAUAAACUGGGUAUCACCAAGGUCAUCGCCCAUGAGCUUGCCCACCAGUGGUUUGGUAACCUGGUGACGAUGGAGUGGUGGAAUGACCUGUGGCUCAAUGAGGGUUUCGCCAAGUUCAUGGAGUUUAUUUCCCUCGACAUCACCUACCCAGAGCUGCAAGUGGGCGACGUCUUCUUAGGGAAAUGUUUUGAGGCCAUGGAGGUCGACUCCCUCAGCUCAUCCCACCCAGUCUCCACCGACGUGGAAAACCCCACUCAGAUCCAGGAGAUGUUCGACGACGUUUCAUAUGACAAGGGAGCAUGUAUUUUGAAUAUGCUGCGGGACUUCCUGACUCCUGAGGCUUUUGAGGUUGGCAUCAUCCGAUACCUCAAGCGCUACAGCUACCAAAACACAGUCAACAGCAACCUGUGGGAGAGCCUGACUAAUAUCUGCAACUCUGACGUUCUGGACGAAGGCCGAAUUAAACACAAAGAAUUCUGCUCCAAGAGCGACCUCCAGUCUGGAGCUUCUAAAUGGUACUCCGGUGAUGAGCUGGAUGUCAAGGCCAUCAUGGACACCUGGACGCUGCAGGAGGGCUUCCCUCUGGUCACUGUGGAGGUCAGAGGUCGGGAGGUCAGGCUCAGUCAGGAGCGCUACCUGAAGUCAGACGACCACUCCCUCACUGAAGGAUUCCUGUGGCAGAUCCCACUGACCUACAUGACCAGCGCCUCCAACACCAUCCACCGCUUCCUGCUUAAGACAAAAGCCGAUGUCCUGUACCUGCCGGAGGAGGCGGACUGGGUGAAGUUCAAUGUGGACAUGAGCGGCUACUACAUGGUCCACUACGCAGGCGAAGGGUGGAACUCCCUUAUCAAACUGCUGCAGCACAAUCACACAGCCCUGAGCAGCAACGAUCGCGCCAGCCUCAUCCACAAUGUCUUCCAGCUGGUCAGUAUAGGGAAGGUGAGGCUGGACACGGCUCUGGAGCUGUCUCUGUACCUGUCCAAGGAGACUGAGAUCAUGGCUGUGACUCAGGGCUUCAGUGAGCUCGUACCUCUCUACAAACUGAUGGAGAAGAGGGACAUGGCUGCCGUGGAGAACCAGAUGAAGGACUACAUUAUUGAUCUGUUCCGGGGGCUGAUUGAUCGCCAGGAGUGGACUGACUCAGGAACAGUGUCUGAGCGAAUGCAGAGGAGCUACCUGCUGCUGUUUGCCUGCGUCAGGAACUACGCUCCUUGUGUGACAAAGGCAACCCAGCUCUUCAACAGGUGGAGGGACUCUAACGGCACCAUGAGCUUCCCUGUUGACAUCACCAUGGCUGUGUUUUUGAUUGGAGCUCGAAUACCAGAGGGGUGGGACUUCCUGUUUGAGCAGUACCGCCGUUCGCUGCAAGUGUCUGUAAAGAGCCGCAUGAAGUCUGCAAUGACCAUCAGCUCACUGCAGGACAAGCUCAAGUGGAUGAUGGAGCAGAGCCUCCACGGUGAGGUGAUGAAGACUCAUGACCUCCCGGGCGUGGUCGUCUCUGUCAGCAAGAACCCCCGUGGCUACAAACUGGCCUGGGACUUCCUCCGAGCCAACUGGCACACUUUGAUCAAGAAAUUUGACUUGGGCUCUAGCGCCAUAUCCCACAUGGUGAUUGAAGUGACCAACCAGUAUUCUACCAGGGAGAUGUUAGAUGAGGUGAGAAGCUUCUUUGGCUCUCUGACUGAGGAGUCGGGCUCAGAGAUGAGAUGUAUCCGGCAGGCCUACGAGACCAUCGAGGAGAACAUCCGCUGGAUGGACACCAACCUUCCUCUGCUGCAGGCCUGGCUGAACAAACACAGCCACAGAGCCGUGCAUGAAGAUUUAUAGCUCCAGAGGAAACAAAAAAAGUCUAGGCUGCACAAUUAUGUUGCUAAAGGCGGAAAUAACAAGAGGUGUAGAUGCAACUCGCGAGAUUGAAUCACAAAUUUCAACGUUGAUUUUAACACCAGUGACUCCAGACGUAGCCUCCCCAAAUUUAAAGAUAAAAAACAAACCGUUGGAUGUUGUGUAAUCUUAGUACAUUUUCUUAAUUACCCCAAACCUGACUAACCUGACUUGGCACUUAUGUGUCAACAAUUAGGACUUAUUUGUGACUUGCAAAACAAUUACAUUCUGCCACCUCUGUAAACUACAACCUAAAAGUGUUGUUCAAUGGGGGGGUGUUCCUCAGGUUAAAAAGAUCUAAGUUAUUGCAGAUUUCCUUAAAGAAGCCCCAUGUGGUAAAGGUUUUAGGGGGUAACAUCAAUUAGGGAGAAAGGCACAAUGACUGCGCUCUGCAAGAGUCAUGACACCUGAACAUUUGUGUUCAGAGUUGUGUGUGUGUGUGUGUGUGUGUGUGUGU